UUCCUGCCGGCUAUGCAACAAGUAGUGACUCCUGACUAAAGGCCAGGAACGAACGGUGGAUCGACAGGAGGGGAAUCGUCCCACACUCGCUGGGCGCUCCCAUCGCACGCGGUGAAAGUCUGCCCGACACACCGACACGGUCUGCUCAGCGGGAGGGCGGCACGGCUCAUCAACGGGAGAGAUACAGCAAAAGCCUCUCCGUCUCUCCGGAAAGGGUCUGUUCGUUGUUGUGCACUGCAGCUGCUGUUUGAGGAGGACCCUUCCAGCUUCACGCAUCGGUGGAACGGCGCGGGGUGGGAUUUCGCUUUGCCAAAGGCAUCAUCAUCACGGUCGUCGUUGCAACGGCUCUCUCUGCCCUGGCUCCGCUCCGUCUCUCUCGCUCUCAGCGCCAUCACCGCGCGAGCGUCGUCUUUGAUCCUCAGAAUAGGAGAACAGGAUUUUUCCUCAAAGAGGGUGGAAGAGAACAUCUUAACGAUUUUGCAGUCGUCCCCCGUACAGGGGCCGGCGACGCAAUUUAGGAGCCAUGGUGGUGGGGUGUCAGCCCCUGGCGGGGGAAUCGAUGAGGUGGCUCAAGCACACCGUGUCUGGGCUCGCGAAUCCUCAUGACGCCGCUGCCAAGAAUCGUCUUGCCAAGAUGGAAAAGUAUGUGCAGCAGGGGGGGGAUGUGAACAAGCCCAACAAGCUCGGGGAUACGCCUCUGCAUGAGGCCUGCGCGUACAUACGCGACAACGGGGACUCGAGCAAAGGCAAACGGCGCAAGGGCAAGGGGGUGGGAAAGGAUCGACGCAAGGUUGGGAAGAAGCUUACCCGCCGCCAAAUGGGCGAGGGCGGCCCUCUCGAGAUGCUGGAGCUGCUUCUCCGGGCUGGCUCAAACAUCAAUGCGCAGAACAUCGUGGGGGAUGCGCCGUUGCACAAAGCCGCUCUGAACGGGAGGGCCCUAUCGGCGGACUAUCUCAUCCGUGCGGGGGCCAACGUUAACAUCAGGAACGAGUUCGCUCAGACUCCGCUGCACGCCGCGUGCGUUAGCGGGAACAUCGAGGUGGUGCAGAGGCUAGUGCAAGGCGGGGCAGAUACCGGUGCCCAGGACGCGGCUGAGGACACUCCCUUUCACGAGGCGUGUCGCCACCAGUACAAGGGCAUCGCGAUCUACUUGAUGGGGUUGGUGAACAACCCGGAGACAAGCCAGGAGCUGAAGCUCUGGGAAGGGUUGGAUCCUUCCUGGGAGAAGAUGCUCCGGUCUCGUGCGCAGGCCCGCGUUGAGGACGGUACGGAAGAAGACGUAGGCAGGCCGCGGGAUAUGAGCACGGCGGCUGCUGCGGCCGGCCUCAGCUCCGUCCGGCUGGGCGUAACCACGCCUUCGACGACCCACAACUCCCUCAUGUCUUCCGAGUCGGCGAUGGGUAUUGGGGUGUCCAACCGUACGCCAGCCCGGCGGGACGUGUUUUCGACCUCGGGCAACAGGGAUCGGGGCGGCGGGGGGGGGGAUACCGCGGCGUCUACCCGGGAAAGGAAGAUGAUGAUGCCUCCUCGGGGGCAGGCAGCAAGCACUAAGGGGUCUACCAAGGAGCGGAAAAUGAUGUCUGCGCAAAGCGCGGCGCAGGUUCAGCCUGGUGUGCAUCAUCAGCGGACAACGACGCGAAAUCGCGGCUCGGGUAGCGCUUCGCCGGCAGCAGGCGCCGGGAUGAGUUCGUCGGACGGCGCCCGUGUCGACGGGGAGCGCGAUGAACCCCCUGGGGAGACAUCGCCCCGCGUGUUUUCGAAUGGUGCCGCUGACGUACUCGCCUGGCAGGCGACCAAGGUCAAAAGCGCCAAGCAGGGGAGAUUGAUUGAGAAGGCUAGGGAGGCGCUUCGCGAGACGGAAUACGAGGCGGAACUGGCCAGGUCCAGGUCCAUGACCUCCCUAGGCGACGACGAGGCGUCGAUCGACACCUGUAAUACCGCCGAUUCCCCGACAACUGUCGGCAGCCACAGCAGCCGCCCGGGAGAACGACGCCAGCGCAGAGCGAUCAGCCCGGCGGCUAAGCCGGCCGAGACACUGGAGGUCUUUGACGUGGACGCUGAUGGCAAUCCUCAGUCGAGAAGGGUUUACGCUAACGCUAACGCUAACGCUGCGGCUGAUCUGUCUGACGCGGAGUCCCAGCCAAGCCGCGAGUCGAGAAGGGUGAAGCCUGUCGCGACCAACGGGACGGGGGGCACGGCGGCGGGGGCGGCGGCGGCGGUAGCAGAUGCUACUGCGGAUGACUCGAGAGGAAGGGCGGUGUCCCCCGUCAUGCCGACGCCCCCGCGUGCAGAAGGCAGGGACGACGUUGACGGACACGCGCCAAGGCGUGAAAGCGGCCGCCGCCAGUCGGCCCGCCUGGCUAAGGGCAAAGUCGUGAGCGUCCGAUCCCCGGUGGCUAGGGUAUCCCGCCGGCCCUCCGGGUUCCCCAAGGCGGACGACGUAGACGGCAGCAGCCGGAGAUCGUCGCGGCGCGGCAGCAGCUCCCAGUCUGCUGCUACGUCGUCGUCAGCUGCUGGCUCGGGCGAGGGUGGUGGGGACGCCGGCGGUUCCAGGAGGUCUAGCGGCGGCUCGCGCUCGUCGAGGGGCCCCGGCGACCACGGACAAAGCGACAACAAGCACGGAGGGGGGGAUUCUCGGAGCGCGACGGCGGCGGCGGCGCGGCCACGGCGCUUCGAGGAGGAGGGGGUACGCGCCGAGAACGGUGAGGGGGGGGGCGGGAGGUCGCCGUCCGCGCGGCGCGAGAGGCACCGCAAGAGGGGCGAAGACUCGCCGGAGGUGGAUGAGCGUUCUUGUGGCGGCGGCGGCGGCGGCGGCGGCAGCAGCAGCAGAAAGUCCCGAUCGUCACGAGGGGAGGGCGGGGAGUCUUCGAGCAGGAAGAGCGUCGGCGGCGGCAGCGGUAGCAGCAGCAGGAGGAGGCGCGACCCGAAGGUGACGUCGUCAUCGUCGUCAUCUCGUCGCAGUCAACGGGAGGGCUCAGACGGGCACGCAUCGACCGCCGUGCCCACCACGCAGGCGCCGGCGCCGGCAAGCAGUAGCCCGGCGCACUCUCAGGCGACUACUGCUGCUGCUGUUGCUGUCACGAGCGUCCCGAAGGCAUCUCACGAGUCGCGCAGUCACUCCGGGGCCAGGGAAGGGAGGGCGUCGUCGUCGAGAGCGAAGGAGGGAAGAGGAUCGUCAUCGAGGACGAACGAAGGCAGGGAGAGGAGAACGCCUGCCAUCUCCAGCCCGGGGGGACGGUUGUAUGCAACAGCGCCCAGGCAGCGCCCGAGUAGCCCGAACCUGUGCCCACCCACCUGGGCGUCCAACGUUCCGUCGUCGACUCUGGAAGACCCGUCGCGGAAGCGGGUGGUCGCUUCUGAUUUUCCAGCCAGGCGAGUCGUCGGCCCUUACAACUCCAGCAAGCGGGGGCCUCCAGCUGGUGGUCGCCGCACCCGCUCGAGCGCCUCCCCGACACGCUCUUCGUCUCCCGGACGCCGUUCUGCUCUCCCGCCACCCGCUUCGCGCCCGGUCGAGAAGGAGAUCGACCCCCAGGGAGAGGAUGCCGAGCGUGAAGCCGCUGUCAGUGCCAGCUCUCACGCGAGCUCCUUCCCCACUGAGACGGUGGGUGACAGCGUAAGCCUCCCGGAAGCAGCGACGGUGGCUGGCGAGGCGAAACCCGCCGCUACCUUCAAAAGCGCUGUCCCGGAAGCGGUAUCGGCGAGGAAGACUUGGGAGGCGAAACCCACCGCCGCCGCAAAUUGUGUGGCGACUGCGGCGGCUGUAGAAGAUGGUGUCGUGCAGGAAUCGCCCGCUAGGAGCUCAGCUGCCAGCGCAGAGUCUGAAGGUCCUCCUCUGAUUGGCGCGCUGUUGAUGGAGAAGAAGGCGGCGACGGACGGCGACAGCACUGCUGCACGAGCGGACAAGGAAGAGGAGCUUCGCGAGGAACGGGAGGAUCGCGCGCCGUGCACGACUUCGACGAAAAGCAACCCUAGGCGGUCCUUCACAGCGAUCGAAACAUCCAAGUCCAUUGUGUUCUCGGACUCGGACUCGGAGGUGGACAACGACAGUUCGACGAGAGCGUCGAACGAAAGCCCGAACCAAAGCCCGACCUCUGGCGGGGACGUCCAGCCCAUGGCCGCGUUGUCGGCUGUGUCGACGGUGUUUGCGCGGCAGCGCAGCGGCGACAAGAAAGGGGAAACUGCGGUGCUCGGCAACAAACAAGCCGACAGCAGCAGCAGCGUCAGCGGCGCUGUUUCCGCCGAGGCGUUGGAUUCCGACAGAAAGGCUGACGGUCCCGUCGCCUCCGUGUCGCGAUCGGAGGAGGCAGCGUCUGGCGAUCGAGGAGGAACGGCGACAACAGCGUCGAAGGAGGACAGGCAGGGCUUACCAUCCUAUCAAGACGCUUUGGCGGCGGGGACGGCUGCUGCUGCGGCGGCGGCGGUGCCUCGCCCGGCUGGGCCUGGCGCGGGCCCAGAAGCUGUCGACGACAGAGGAGCGGCACCGGCGGAGGUAGAAGGACGAGGUACGGUUGAGCCGAGCCCUGCACCGCAAAAUUAUUUGAGACCCUUGUCUUCAUCGACCUUACCGAGCACGAUGGCGGUUUUGGCGGGCGGCGGCGGCGGCGGCGGCGGCGGCGGCGGGAGGCCACGGUCGUCGGCGCUGGGAAGGCCGGGCAUGCCGUCCGUGAAGGUGACGAUGCCGAUCGCGGGUGGCCGCGCCGCUUGGAACAAGUUUUUGGCCACCACCGCGCAGGGAGAGUCGGAGGAAUCGGCUGCCGCGGCGGACGGCGACGGCGGGCGAGCGGAGAAAGAAGGCGGCGAAGGUUCUUCCGCGGAAGAAGCAGGAGUGGGAGCCAGCGGCCCCAAGGCGUCUAACGCCGUCGCUGCUGGUUCCGGGAACCACGCGGCAACGCUAGCCGCCAAGGGUCUGCGGGGGUUCACCAACCCAGCCCAGAGCCAGGAGGGGCCUAACAAGGGACCCGCCGGGGCGUUCUCAGGGAACUCCAUGUGGCGUUUGGCCGGAGGGACGGCAGCGGAAACCGGUCGCGCACGGUCCGGGGUCGCCGCCAACGGUCACGGAGGCUACUCCAACCCUCUUGCGGCGAUGCGAGCGGCAGGAAGCGGCGGCGGCGCGGAGACGAGCUCUGGGGGCGGGGGCGGGGGGGGCGGGGGGUCAAACCCUCUGGCGGGGCUGCGGGGAGCGGCGAGCAUGGGCGGCGCCAGAGUCUCGAACCCGUUGGCGCGAAGCAGGGGGCCGAGAGCCGGCGGCAGUAGAGCGGGCGGGGUGGCGAACCCUAUGCUCCGCAGCGGCGGCGGCGGCGAUGUGGGCGGCCUCGCGAGAGGAACCGUCGGGGGGGUUCCGCUGUUUUCUUCUUCGGUUAGGACCACCGGCCGUACGGCACCGCCGCCGCCGCCACCCCGCGAUGACGAGGGGUCGUUAUCGCCCGGACCGGCCACGAUGCCGCCGCUUUCGUCUUCUCCCACGGAGAUGGGCGGGGCCCCCGCCAUACCCGUCGCGAUGUCCUGGGGUCCUUCUCCGUCCUCCGCGGACACGACCGCAGCUGCUGCUGGAGACGAUGGUGAUGCUACAGAGGCGGCGGCGUCCACAGGCGGCGGCGAGGGAAACGCGGCGAUGAGACGAGGUGGGGGCUCAGAGCGGCCGCCUACCGAGUUCAGAGCGAUCGGUAGCAACGGGUCGUGGCCUACGGAUGGCGCGUUGGUUCCCCCGAGAAGGCGGGCGGCGGCCAGGGGGGCGCAGCCGCACAGCGUGACCGAACGAGACCCGGGCCAGGAGAAGGUUGGCGGCCUAGUGAAGGCCUUGCAACAACCGGACGCGUCGCGGUUACGGCUGUUGCUUCAGAACACGCACAACCCCGACCUAUCGGCCUCGGGCUCGAGUCUGUCAAACCUCGGGGAGAAGCGGCUUGUGCAACUGCGCCGCGCGAAGUACUCCCCGCGACCCGCAGCCCCCGGCCUGCUGGACCCGAAGGAAACGGAAGUCGACGCGUGAGAGAGAAGUCGAGCUGCUGCUUGACUUUUGGCCCUUGGCGACGCACUCGUAGUGAGGCAUUCGGAGGUAGGGGUAACGUCUGAGGCUCAAGUUUGGUUGUUUUUAUUUGAGUCCCCUAGAGAAAAGUGGGCUUUGAAGUGGGAGUGAGCCCACUAGCUCCAUCGCGAAGAUGGGACGGAUGUUAUGUGUACCUAUUGCGGGUUGCUUUUUGAAGGGAAAAGGUGGGAGGUUGCUCUGUAGAAUUGGGAGUAGAGUGGGGGUCGGCGAGAACAGAAGCGUGUCCUUGCGGUUUAGCGGCACGCGGAGGAGAGAAGGGGUUGGAAGGCUUUUGUGUGUGUGUGCUGUGCGUGUGUUUUUAUUAUUAGCAUCGACCGCGCUAACCGGCUGACCAAUGAAAAGACGUCAGUCUUAGUGCGAUUGAAAACACAAAACACUUCUAUCUACCAUGAACUGGCUGUGCGUGUGUGUGUGUGUUCACGUCUUAUGUGCGCCCGCUCCGCCGUUCUACCCUCUCGUAGAUUUUUGUUCUCGUCUCGCGGAGCGGUGUCUUGCACCCGAGCCGUGUAAGCCCAGAGCCCGAACGAACGGCCGGUUUGUGUCGGCCGUCGUUCGUCUAGCCCAUGAUAUUCUGAGUGUUGUACGAAGGUCGCGGAUUGGCAGAGGGUGGUACCUGCAAGUGGUAAAACGGUUGCUUAGGCCAAUGGGUAAGGCGGAUGUGGCCAGACGUGAUGAAUGUUCAUUGAUGACUCGACAACAUGCCCCAUGGAAGUGGUUCAAAGCAAGAGGUUGCCGUUGGAAUAAAUUCUUGGCGCCGCCCCCGCCGCCCCCCCCCCGGGGGGGGGGGGGGGGGGGGUUGUCGCUUUUUUUUCUUUCGAAAACUUUAUACCGACGUGCGAUUUUCCACCGUACAACAUAAAAAUCGGUUUGCUCUACCGAGUAUUUCAAGAAGUGCCCAAGCGUAGCGUAUCAUUACUAAGGUGGUACCCAUCGAUCGGCGCGUUCCUCUCUACGCUUUGUGUCGUAGUUUACAAAAAAGCGACCCUCGGCGGCGGUUAUGUAUUUCGGGACUGGGAGGGGGAGGGGGAGGGUCUAGGGGGGAGGGCAGUUGAUGGUCUGUGCGCUGUGUUUUGUAACGUAUUUUCACACUUAGGGUUCUGUUUUCGGGUAUCUCGGGGGCAGUGGAUGCUUUAAAAACCCGCAGCGCAGCGGCGACGGAGAGAGGCGGGAGGGGGGACAUCGAGACAGGGGUCACAGUGAGGAAAUUGACAAGUCAGCAUGGUGCUCUUACGGGUAGCUCUUUAGCUGUCUGUUGUUGCGUCGAGCGGCCGCGGCGUUGCAGUGUUCGCACCUGCUCGCAUGCCAAUAAUUGGGGGGUUUUAUUUACCACAGCAGUAGCACGCUAUUCUUUCUUUUUCAAGGUCCGUCCGUUCCCGGGGUGAGUGUGAAGGACAUGGUGGGACACGGCCGAAGAGAUGAUGCGAUCCCACCUCUAUCUCGGAGGAAGAGCCUUCUCGAGAG